AUGGAUUUUGACAAGAUCCUGCAGGAGACGUUGGAGAUCCAAAGGCAGGCGAAUGCUGCUUGGGCUGCCGGAAAGAGAGAGUUGCUUGACGAUGGAGGACUUACCUUGACUGUACUCGGCUGCGGAACAAUGGGCAUUGCGAUCCUAGGAGGCAUCAUGCACGCGUUAAACAACCCGACAUCUAGUCCUGGAGAUGCGCCAACACCGGAAAAGCUCCCAACGAAGUUCCGAGCGUGUGUUCGAAGUCUCGAGAGUGUAAGAAGAGUGCAGGAAGAGUUGGGAAAAUACAACGCGAAGCUCUCGCUAUUCGAGGGUGAGAAUGUCAAGGCGGUGCAAGGAAGCAACGUCGUCCUACUAGGAUGCAAGCCAUAUAUGCUGGCGGAUCUGCUACGCGAGGAGGGAAUGCGAGAGGCUUUGGCAGGCAAGAUACUGAUCAGCAUACUGACUGGCGUGUCCGUGGAGGAUCUUCACAAUGUACUCUAUCCCAAAGGCUCCGAGUUUGCCAACAAAUGCACGAUUGUCAGAGCUGUGCCGAAUCCUGCUGCGGCUGUUCGUGAAUCAAUGACCGUCAUUGCCGUCCCCAAUCCUCCACUGGCUGCCGAAACGGAUGCUCUGAUUACUUGGAUGUUUACACGAAUCGGACGGGUACUUCGUCUGCCGGAAGCCCACAUGAAUGUCUGCAGUACGCUCUGUGGCUCUGGUCCUGCGUUCGUUGCAAUCAUGGCUGAGUCUCUGGUUGCCGGUGCCGUGGCGAUGGGCUGCCCGCGCGAAGAAGCACGUGUAAUGGCCGCACAGACUUUGCGUGGCACUGCGGCUCUGCUAUCAGUAGACGAGGAUCUGGCAGUCUUGAACCGUCGUACAUCAAAACCAAAUAGCUGCACCCAUGAAGGCCUCCGGGUGCUCGAAGAUGGCGCGGUCAGAGAGAAAAUUGCCCUUGCCGUACGAGAAGCGACUCUUGCCGCUGGCCGACUUGGCUCAGAGCAGGAAAGGUUCAAACAUACCGAAUAA